UGGCAUGGCAAGGAAAACACUUUUCCACACAUUUAAAAACAUUACUGUAUAUUUAUAUGUUUGUGGUUUUCCAGCACUUAAGAAUAGAACCACCCCAUAUCUUUCCUAUAGAUGUCGUAAAAGGUGAAUAAGGGAAUUUACAAAGAUUUAUGUAUAACAUUGCUGCAAAGAGCUAAGCGCCACCAGUUAAAACCCAUUAUCCGAAAAAGUUAUGUCCUGUGCCAUAAUUACUUUAAAAAAAUAAUGUCAUAUUAAGACCUUCAGUGUGUCAGAACGUUUUGUUCGUAUUAAGAACGUAGCGGAUAAAUUCUCUUUGGUUCGUAUUAAUGUGUUUUGUGCGUUCCUUUUGGAUUUUUUUUUUAUUAUUUUUAUGCACCUUAUUAUUUUGCAUUAAUGUACGAAAAAUAUCACAAGUAUCUUAUUAUUUUAAUUAAUAAAUAAUUUUAUUUCAAGACAAUGUUCAAAACGUACUUUCAGUUGGCUCGUCUGUCCGUUGUGUAGUGUCAAAUGGCGUUUGAAUACAAUGUUUGUUUCCAUUUGCAUUUUCUAAUUAUUCUCGCCAAUUAAUCCAUAUUUUGUCUUAAAAAUGACGAUGUUUUUUGAAGUGGUCUUCGUUCAGCUGAAGUCAAUUAUUGUGUAAUAAUAUGCGAACUCUGUAGCAGACAUUUAUUAAAUAAAACUAGAAAUAAAAAAACUGCCUUGUGAUAUAAAAGAAAAUGAGUUCCUCGGAUUUAUCUCUGAUAGAAAAGCUGAGAAAGGAAAAUUUAGACCAAUUCUUUACAUUGGUUCGCAUGCAUUUAUCAUUCGUAGUUGAUAUUAAUACUGACGAUGUUGAUUGUUCAACAGAUAAACCAAAGCAAUUCCGAUGGAAUUUCCACAAGAAAACCAAACAUAUUGGUUCAAAUUCUAGUCAAAAUAGUAAUAAUAAUGCCAAAUCUGAUGGUACAUCCAUAACUGAAGAUGGAUUAUUGAGGCUAAAUGAAUUGAUAGAUUUUCUAUCUAAACAAGAAAAUGUAACACAAGAAGGUAUAUUUCGACGCACUGGCUCUCUCAGUCGGCAGCAGGAGUUACGUCAGCUGCUCCUCACCGGCUCUAGUUUGCAGCUGGAGGAGGGACGGUUCUCUGUUCAUGACUGUGCUUCAGUCCUCAAGGGUUUCUUAGCAGAAUUACCUCAGCCGCUGUUGAUGGAUCAGUAUUAUCAGACAUAUUGCACUUUGGCUACCCAAUACCCGCCAAACGCAGAGUCGUCUGAAACCAAACUCCUCACGGCGUUGCAACUGCUCUUACUUCUACUGGCCCCGUCACACCGGAGUUUCUUGGAGAGAUUGCUGACAUUGCUCCGUCUGGUGGCCGACAACGAAGCUUCUAACCGCAUGUCUCCAGAUACACUGGCUACCAUGUUCACUCCUCACUUACUGUGUCCGAGAAAGUUAUCACCAGAAACGUUCCACACGGAAGCCGUAGCACUCGCCCCGGUCAUCAGUUUCAUGAUCCGCCAUUGCUCACGCGUGUUCGCUGCGCCGGCGCGGCUGGCGACUGACGCCGCCGCGUACUUCACAACGCGGGAGAAACGGAGACUCCUGUCGCCUGAUGUCGACCUGGACGAGAGUAUUACUGACAAAACCGCAGCGAACACGGUGUACACGUUCGUGGACCGGCAUCGAACCCGCGCCGAGAACGCGACCAACCCCACGGACACUGCGCUCGCGCAACUCUACGCGCACAUACAGGCUCUGCCCGCCUCGCAACACAAGAGACGGCUUAUCAAGCACUUCAACAGGCAGAAUGGAUAUGGUACUCCCAUCCAAAUACAGAGGACGGGCAAAGUCGCAGGCUCGCGUAGUUUCGGAGACUCCAUCAAGAGGCACAUAUUUAACAAGGGCCUCCUCAAUAAGACGCCCAAAAAGGGGUCCGGAUCUAGCAUUAAUACUGUCGAAGAGAAAUCGAGCAAAGGGAAAUUGCGUUUCACGGACGACAGUAAAGUCGAUGUUUCGCACAAAAAUAUUGUACUGAAAAAUCUUGCGAACAAAAUAGCCAGUUCCGAAUCGUUGGACGACGAUUACGAGUCGGACGCGAGCAACGAGAGCACUCUUUCCGAUGGUGCAUUAAAUAAAUCCAAGAAACACAGUCCUAAAUUUGUUUCUGAACCAAAUUUGAGCGUUUUAGACGCCGAGGAAACGCCUAAAAAUACGAAAAAACGCACGAGACUUUUCCGUUCGAAGAUACUUUCAGCGUCGCAGAAUUUGAACAAGAAGUAUCAGAAGCGAGCCGCUAUUAGGGGCACGCCGACAUCUUGCGUUUCGUGUUUUGACGAACAAGACACCGGAUCAGAAAACGACCUUUCUCACCCUGACGAUAAAGAGCAAAUUCGCACGCCAACGAAGUCUAGCUCGGAUGAUAGCGACGAUAUGAAGUUACACUAUUUGACUAGUACCCCGGGCUUUUCUGAGGCGAUGUCCGAAGAGGAAUGCAGUACACCUUUCACAGUGAAUUUCAGAAGAGCCUCCAUGUCCCCUAUUACGAAGUCUACUCAGAAAUUGUCGAAGGCUAUGCAGGAAUCAAUAAUGACGCCACGCUCCCGCAAGCCGCUGAUCAUCACGUCGGAACAACGCGACAGCCUGCCGGAGAGCGAGCGGCCGAAGCCCGAGCCGGUGUACGAGGCCAUGUCGCCGAAGAACGACAGCGAUUUUGUGUCCUCUGACGAUGACGUAUCCAGAUCUUCGUAUUAUGAGAGAUCAAACACAUCACUCCCGCGACCAAAAACUUCUUUCGACGGCCGCUCAACUUCGAACGCUGAAAUCAGUCCUUUAAGAACCCACACCACUCGAUUUGUUAUUAGCCACGAAAGACCAAACAUAACGGAAGACCUCAACACUACUCUCUGCGGCACCGAGGAAUUACCGCCGACAUUCAAGAUCUCACAUGAAUUGAACGAACAAAAAAUAAAAUCUCUAACUGAGCCGUUCAGAGAAUACCUCCUUAGUCGAUCAGUGCUAACGGCGACACCAAUUGAUCUAUCGAUUCUAAACAAAUCGAGUGACACGGAGGAAAAGAUAACGGAAUCACUCAUGUAUUGCUUAGAUGGCAAUAUUCCAUCCGAUUUGACUCUAUCGAUCAGCAAUUUAGCAGUUGAUAAAGAGCCGACCAGAUCUCCGUUAAAGAAUCUUGCGAAUUUGGAAAGUCCGAGUCGCAAACGUUAUGGUAGUAAAGAUGAUGCCUCUAUGGAAGUUAAGAAGUCUAUGGUCGAAAAGGAGAACGUUUUAGAAUCAGAAGUGUUUCAAAUAAGGGAAACUGAACUGUGAAUUUCGCGCCAAUUAGAAUUGACCUGUCAAGCGGCCAUUUUGUUUUGCGGUCUCGUUCUAACUGUAUUUAACGAAAUGUUUGUUUGAUAAGUCAUUUUUGUUGGGAACUGUAUAUAUCGGCGUUUUUAGGAAUAAUUACUAAUGUGAUCUACUGCCUUAUUGAAAUAAUAAUUUGGUUUAUAAAAUAUUUUUUUAUAUUUUUAAAAUGAUAGUUUAUAGCAAAAAAUAAUUAGUAAUUGAUACCUAAUAAAGUAUCUUUAGAAUUUAUUGAAACUCAUUUGGUCUCUCUAACAAACAACUUCGAUGUUUGGGUUAAGGAGUAUUUUAUUUAUCAUGUGAUUCGGACAAGUUGUUUAUAUUUUUAGUGUUGACUUGAAAUUGUUAUUUAAGAGGGAAUACUGGGGCUAAUUUCUCUACAUUGACGUAGUGUUACUAUGUUUUUGUUUUCAUUUAAAUAUCGUCUACUAAAAUUGUGUCUGCAAUGAAUAUUCCCCUGUUAUUAAUUAAUUUGUUUCUGGUUCUUGCAGCAUAGCAAAAAUUUACAGGAAUGACCUUUCCACUUAAGUAUGUAAUGUAAAAAUAAUACAAGUUACAAUAUAUGUUGUUAGUUGUAUAUCACAACUAUAGAUCUAAGGAUUACCAGUGAUAGAAAAAAAAUAUAUUUAUGGUGAGAACAGAUUUUUAAUGCUAUGGCAAGCAAAUAUAUUUUGAAAUGCCUUUCACACAAAUGGCAACACUAAGCUGUCAAGCGUAAAGUCCAAUACAAAUCUGCCAUUCGAUUGUCAUUUGCCAAUGACGUUUGUUCUUCGGUCGUUUUUUUUUUGCUAAAACAUUCAAAUAUAUUUGUACUGUGUGUACUGAUUUCAUGAUUCAGCUCCCGAAUUUUUACACGCGCGACGCCGUUUUUAUCGUGCAAAUACUUUGCUGUUUCGCUUUUUAUCAUGACGUGUAACGGGACAGCGAUAGUUUUUCGCGCGAUAAAAACGGAGUCGCGCGCGCAUGUUACGGGGGCUGGCAACACUUGGAUCGUAGUAAAGGGCGGACCUAGGGGUUUGUCCUGAAUCUUUCUACCUUGGGAAGGAGAACCAGGAGCAAUUAGGGCAAACGCCAGGAAGAUGAUGUUACUACAGUCAAUAAAAUAAUUGAUCUCUCUGACAGGAUUGAACGAUAACUAUUUUAUUUAAUACUUAAGUCUAUCCUCUAAGAUAACUACGAGUAUGACGUACAUACAUAAAAUAAAUGUAAUCACGUCUAUAUCCCUUGCGGGGUAGACGGAGCCAACAGUUGAAAAUACUGAUGGGCUAUGUUCGGCUGUUUUAGAUUAAUGAUAGAAUUGAGGUUCAAAUAGUGACAAAUUGCUAGUCCAUCGCCUAAAAGAAGAAUCCUAAGUUUAUAAGCAUAUCCCUUAGUCGCCUUUUACGACAUCCAUGGGAACGAGAUGGAGUGGUCCUAUUAAUUUUUUAAUGGUGCACACGGCACGGAUUAUGACGUAGGUGCGAAAAUGUAUUAAUUCGACUUCUGUCAUAAAGAUGAAGCUAUAUUCUAUAGACUGUACAUAGGAAAGCAUAACGUAGUAUACUUUAUCAUGCAGCCCACUGUAUGUACAAUAAUGUACCGC